AUGAGUAAAAAUGGACAUAAUAAUUUAAUUAUAGAAGAUAUAAUAAAAAAACAUAUUGAAAUAAAAAAGGAUUUUAUAAAAAAUGUAAUAAAUUUUAAUAGUAGAAUACCCUUAGUUGAAUAUAAAAAGAAAGGUUGUGAAAUGCACAUCUGUUCAAGAUAUCUAUUUAUAAAUAAUAUUUUUAUUAAUGUAAAAAAAGAAGAUGAUAAGUUUAAAAUAAAUUUUGUAAAUAAUGAUUCCAAUAAAUUAAUUGAUGAAAACAAAGGAGAAAAUAAUAUGUUAAAUGAAAAUAUACAAAAUUCUCUAUUUUUUAAAAAUAAUAAAAAUCUUGUUAUUAUUAUAAGCGGGAGUUCUGGUUGUGGCAAGAGUACUUUAAGUUGCUUAUUAGGAUUUUUCUUAAAAAUUAAAAGAAUUUUAUCAACAGAUAUUAUAAGGGAAAUUUUGAGAAAAUAUGAAGUAAAAAAUAAAAAAUUUCUUAGAUUCUCUACAUAUGAAUCAUGGAAAAUUAAAAUAAACGAAGAUGAAGAUGAUUAUGAUGAAGAUAUAAAUGAUAUGCAGAUAGAAGAAGAAAGAAAAAAGCGGAAAGAAGAGAUAGAUGUUAGAAACAAUAAGAAAGUGGAAAAUGAAAAUGACACAAAAAAAAAAAAACUAAAAGAAAGAUGUAUUAAAAACUAUUUAAAGCAGUGCGAAUUAUUGUUUAGCCACAUAGAUGAUAUUAUUAAUGAUCACAUUAAAAAAAAUGAAUCCUUAAUAAUAGAAGGUGUACAUGUAAAUUCAGAAAUUAUAAACAAGUUAAUAGAAAAAUACCCAAAUAAAAUUAUUUAUUUUUUAGUUUACAUUACUGAUAAAGAAACUAGUAUUCAGAGAUUCUCAAGUAGAUGCAACGAUUCUAAUGAUAAAGUAAAUAAAUAUAUCAAAAAUUUUAGUUACAUUAAUGAUAUACAAACAUAUUUAUUAGAAACAUCUAAAUUUUUAUCUCCCGCUAUUAAUUAUAUUGAAAAUGUUAAUAUUAAUAAUUCUUUAGAGAAAGUUCUUAAAAUUAUAUAUUCAUUCGCUUGA